AGGGGGGCCCUGGCAUGCUGGCAAGCGUAGUCUCUGUGAGCCAGUCGGUUGAGCCCAUGCCGGUGUUGGACCUCCACGGUCCUAGAGCUUCCUGUGUUGCCACGGGACGCCCGGAGGCGGAUAUGACGUCUCUGUGGAGGAAGAGGGGAGAGGCGGAGCGUGGCGUGGUGACGUCCUCCGAAGAUGGCGGAGAGAGAGUGAAGAAAUUGUGCUCUCUGUUGGGUUGGUAUAGAACAAGGGUAAAAUUCCAUUCCGAUAUCAAAAUGCAGUAUUCGCAUCACUGUGAGCACCUUUUAGAGAGACUGAACAAACAACGGGAAGCAGGUUUUCUCUGUGACUGCACCAUAGUGAUUGGUGAAUUCCAGUUUAAAGCUCAUAGGAAUGUGCUUGCUUCGUUUAGUGAGUAUUUUGGUGCGAUCUACAGAAGCACUUCUGAGAACAAUGUCUUUCUUGAUCAGAGUCAGGUGAAGGCUGAUGGAUUUAAGAAACUGUUGGAGUUUAUAUACACAGGAACUUUAAAUCUUGACAGUUGGAAUGUUAAAGAAAUUCAUCAGGCUGCUGACUAUCUCAAAGUGGAAGAGGUGGUCACUAAAUGUAAAAUAAAGAUGGAAGAUUUUGCUUUUAUUGCUAAUCCCUCCUCUACAGAGAUAUCUAGUAUUACUGGAAACAUUGAGUUGAAUCAACAGACUUGUCUUCUUACUCUACGAGAUUAUAACAGUCGGGAGAAAUCUGAAGUGUCUACAGAUUUAGUUCAGGCAAAUCCUAAACAAGGGGCUUUAGUAAAGAAGUCGUCUCAAGCUAAAAAAAAGAAGAAGGCCUUCAACUCCCAGAAAACAGGGCAGAAUAAAACAGUGCAAUAUCCCAGUGACAUUUUAGAGAAUGCAUCUGUUGAAUUAUUCCUCGAUGCAAAUAAGUUAUCUACACCUGUAAUAGACCAGGUUGCACAAAGAAAUGAUAAUUCAGAACUUGAGUUGACAUCAGUUGUGGAAAAUACUUUUCCAGCACAAGAUAUUGUGCAAACUGUUACAGUGAAACGGAAACGUGGAAAAUCACAGCCAAACUGUGCUCUGAAAGAACACUCUAUGUCUAAUAUAGCCAGUGUCAAGAACUCUUACGAGCUAGAAAGCUCUGGGGAAGAGCUGGAUCAGAGGUAUUCCAAGGCCAAGCCAAUGUGUAACACAUGUGGAAAAGUGUUUUCAGAAGCCAGCAGCUUGAGAAGGCACAUGAGAAUACAUAAAGGAGUCAAACCUUAUGUUUGCCACUUGUGUGGAAAAGCAUUUACCCAGUGUAACCAGCUGAAAACACAUGUAAGAACUCAUACAGGUGAGAAGCCAUACAAAUGUGAAUUAUGUGAUAAAGGAUUUGCUCAGAAAUGCCAGCUAGUCUUCCAUAGUCGCAUGCAUCAUGGUGAGGAAAAGCCCUAUAAAUGUGAUGUAUGCAAUUUACAAUUUGCAACUUCUAGCAAUCUCAAGAUUCAUGCAAGGAAGCAUAGUGGAGAGAAGCCAUAUGUCUGUGAUAGGUGUGGACAGAGAUUUGCCCAAGCCAGCACACUGACCUAUCACGUUCGUAGGCAUACUGGAGAAAAGCCUUAUGUGUGUGAUACUUGUGGGAAGGCAUUUGCUGUCUCUAGUUCUCUUAUCACUCAUUCUCGAAAACACACAGGUGAAAAACCAUACAUAUGUGGUAUUUGUGGGAAAAGUUUUAUUUCCUCAGGAGAGCUCAACAAACACUUUCGAUCCCAUACAGGAGAAAGACCAUUUAUCUGCGAAUUAUGUGGAAAUUCUUACACAGAUAUUAAAAAUUUAAAGAAGCACAAAACAAAAGUCCAUUCUGGGGCAGAUAAAAUUCUAGAUUCUAGUAUAGAGGAUCAUCCCUUGAGUGAACAAGAUUCUAUACAAAAAAGCCCUUUAUCAGAAACUUUGGAUGUGAAGCCUUCUGAUAUGACUUUACCACUAGCUCUUCCACUUGGGACUGAGGACCAGCACAUGCUUCUGCCUGUCACAGAUAAUCAAUCUCCUACAUCAGAUACAUUGUUGAGGUCAACUGUAAAUGGGUAUUCAGAACCACAGUUGAUUUUUUUACAACAAUUAUACUGACUUUGUGAGGAAUAUGGAAUUGCUAAGACUUCUCUGGUAGUAAACAUAAACAUCUCUGGUAAGGUGCAUAUGUUCAUCUUAAAUUACCAUUCGAGUCGUGACUGUUAUUUUUCGUUCACUGAAGUAAAAGCACUUGAUGGUGCAUUAUAACUGUGCAAUGCCUGUUUUGAUUUUUGGCUUUUAUAUAGAUGAUACAGCUUUUUAUGGAAUGGAUUAUACGAUACUAGCACUAUUUUGGGUGGUUAAGUUUCAUUUUCUUUUAGAGCUGCCUUAAUUCCAUUUUUAUUUUGCAUUUUAGAAUUGCCUUUCAUUUAUUGAAGUGGAGUCUGUCAGUUUAUAUGAUUCAGUUUUGACAUGUGAAAUUUAAAAUUUUGCUUCCCCUCAAAAUUUAAGCAAAAUCCAUGAUGGUAUCAGCUCAGGAGUGUUGCUGUUACUAGGUUUCAUAGACUAAUACUAUGAGGGAAAAAAUAAAAUUUCAUAUAUCUGCCUAAGAAAAUUCAGGUACUGAAUAAGAAUUGUGUUAUUUCUCUAUUAGUAUAUUCCAUUGGAGGUAACUUUUCUAUGAAAUAAAAAGAAGUAUUUCUCUUAAAAGCUAAAAAACUAUAAAUUUUUGUUCACUCAGUAUUCUGGAGAAACCCAGUGGUCAAUACUUUUGAUUCAAUUGAUCUAAGACUACAUUUUCAUGACUACAGAUUCAUUUAAAUGAAUUUAAAUAGUUGGUGUUUUUAUUUUGUUAAAAGACAGUUUCAAAAUUUGAUUCAGGUUAUGUUUUAAUAGGUUUCUGAACCUAUUAAAUAGCUUACUGAAGAGGAGGAAAAUAUACUGAGUUUCUGAAAAUUUGGUAAGCCUCUCAUACUGUUAUGCACUUUUUAAAUAUUAAAUUCUAAAAAGAAUUUUCUAAAAAUAAAAAUGCAUACCAUAAAUCACUUGACUUCUGAAUUUGAUACAUUACAUAGAUUUAAGAAAUUAACUUCAAUUACAAGUAAACAUUUGAGUUAUCAGAAAGCCAGUUUAUUAAACACUUUAUAUUUGUGUUUUCUAUAAGUUUUGAGUUUAAAAUUUUUUUUAAUUAAACCACAUUUGGUUGUCAUAGUUUCACAAUAGUCCUCUUCCUUCCUUAUGAACAUAAAAAAUUCAGUAUUCUGAUAUUUACCAAUUCUUCCCCAUCGCACUAUUCCCACAUAUAUUUUACUGCCUGAUCUUUGGAUAUUAAAUUAUCAUUUCCACAAAGUCAGUUCCUAUACUGCUGAUCAAAUACCAUGGUGGGUGAUAUUAUAUCUUAUAUCUGCCAUGCAUUAGUUGUGGCUUAUUUUUAGUUUUAAACUACACCUGUAAUAAAGUUAAUGUAUUUUCUAUUGGUAUUGAUUUCUUUAAUUGUAUUUUCUCUAGGGCUCUAGUCAUAGGAACCAACUAGAGGACAUAAUAAAACUACUUAAUUCUUGUAAAUUGUAGAAAUCGUCACCAUUUCACAGCACACUCAGCAUUUUCACAAUAAAUUGCCACCAGUGGAAUUGACUUAAUUGAAUAGGGUUUGAAAUAUUGCCUUAUAAUAUAUUUCCAUCAGUUAUAAUGUUUAAGAAAUCUAAUUAUGCAUGUGUAUUAAUAUGCUGGGUUAAAUACAAUUUAUAGAGUUAUAAAAUGUUCAACUAAUCUAUUCUGGCUUAAAUUCAAUAGGAAUUUAUUGGAAUAUGAAAAAAUUAAAGAAAAUUAAGACUCAGCCUCUAUAAGAGGUCUGCUGAAAUGGAGAGGUUAAAUUUAAUUCACAUUUUCAUUAAUCCAAGCGUCUAAUGAACAAAGUUUCUUUUUAAAAACACUAUAGUAAUGUCUUAAUUCUGAGGGUAGUAGUUAUCAAAUUUUCUCUAAUAUGAUGGUAAUUAACAUCUUGCCUUUGCAUAGAUUAGCCUUCAAAUUUAUUAUUUUUAGUAUUAUUGGCGUGCCUAAGGUUGAUUUACUGUGGUUUUCUUCAUCACAUUUCCUGCUUCUUAAGUAAAAUAAUUUUAUUUUAAAUUUGCAUGGCUUGGUGCUCUUCCAGAAUGACAGGUAAAGAAAGAUUAAAGAGUGAAUAUCUUGUCUUGUGAUUCUUCUUAUAAAGCCAUCCUGUUCUUUAUCAUAAUAUGCAUAUAUUUUAGUUGUACCUGGUAUUAUUCUAACAGAUGAUUAUCAUUGUAGUUAAUUCUAAAUAUAUUUGUUACGAUGCAGUGUUUUGAGACAGGUCUAUUCUUAUUUAUGUUACUGAGUUUUUUUAAAGUGUUUAGGAUGCCGAAGAUCUUACUGAAAAACAAAUUAUUUUCUAAAUUUUGUUUUAUAUUUGUAUUAGAGUUUUCCUACUGUAUUGGUGGAGAUUAGACUUUUUAAAAAGAAACCUUAGAUUAUAUAUAAA